CACCCCUCACAACCCGGGGUAGCAGCUCUUUCUGCCCACGGGUCCUGUCCCCGUGCUUGCUUUCAUAAACCACCAAUUUUGCACCGAAGAUGCCUCAAGAAUUCUUUCUUGGUCAUCGGCUCCGGACUCUAUCCCACGGACCCUCACCGAGAUCCCACAACCUCAUCACACACACCGGUGUGUGAAGUGAGAGCCACAUGCUGUGCGAGUAAACUGGCUUUAAGAAAAUACCAUUUUUGCAAAAGUCCUGACUUCAGGCACUUACUGAUUUCUUUGGUAAAAAUACUCCCUACGUGGCCAACUUGAAGUGGCCUGUGUGAAUUCGCUGAAUGCAGAAUGAGGAAGUAAUGAUUACGUCGUCUCUCCCACGCCACUAGGAGCCAAAUGCCCCACACCCACUGAUAAGACCCACCGGCGUGCGUGUGUGUCCUUCUAUUUUCAAGGUUCUGGUCACUUCCACCUUGCGUGGAAUGGAGCAAGCCUUGGUUUUCCCUAGACCCUGAGUAUCAACCAAAGUUGUUCUUGAACGAACAUAGCAAAUACUUCACGUGUUGGCACUGAGGUCCCCUCAAACAUGUUCGCCCUCACCUGGGUCUGAUCAAACAAUGAGCCGUGGCCCAGGUGAGAAGUUGCUCCUCUCAACAAACACUUACAGAUCACAGGGUAUGCGAUUAAGGGUUCAAAAUAGGUCCGUGUGAGUUUCAGACCUCGUCCUGUCCUUCCCCAUGAAUCCGUACUGGGACGGAGGUCAUCAAGAACGAUCUGUGGACUACUUCAGAGUUAGGGUUCCACCCCAUUAGGCAGUACUCUGGGGAUCCCACAGGUCGUGGUUUCAAGUCCUAUAAGUAGGGGCGGAGGAGUAGGGGACCCUAUUUCAGCCGGUCCCCUGAAUCGAGCUGGAAAUCUACCAGACCAUCCUGAACACCCGCGAAAUCAGCCUGAGACAUACGUCUGGAUCUCUACAAACAUCUCCGGUGCUGGGUCUCAAGGUAAGAAGCAGGGAGCCAAGAGUGUGCGGGCAGAUGUGAGAAGAUACAUGAAAGGGGGAAGGGGGAGGGAGCCUCUGUGAACUUCCUCCGGGAAGACAGAAGCCUGCCGUGCUGGGGAGCGGGCGGCCGCGCAGACUGGUAGCAGCGGGAAAGGUCUUUAGGGCGGCCCCCCAGACUGAGACCUGGAGCUCGGGGGGGGGGGGGGGGGGGGGGGGGGGGGGGGGGGCGCUCGUGUGAACCGGGAGUGGCUGAUGGUUUUAGAAGCACAAAGGGCAGGGACUUGCCAGCCGUGGGACAGAGGACUGGGAGAGCAGUUAUGGAGCGCACAACCCGGGACCCUGUGGGGUUUUAGCAGCACCGACAGAAACGGAGUCAGUGUGGCUGGGAGAGCUCAGGGAAGAGCAGACUGCGAUCUCUCUGUUCUGAGACAGAGGCUAGAAUACGGUCACUUCGUCACUUCGGCUCAGAUCCUGUAAGUUGGGUGCCUGGCCUCAUCCUUGUCCCCAGUGACGGGGAACUGGAGAAAGUGCAUGAGGAAGACAUGGCUCUGCUUUCCUAUAGAAUUUCUACAUCGAAAGUCCUCGCGUAUGACAUCCUUCUCUCGGACCCUGUUACCCCAUCAUGAGAGUCAGAAAGGAACAAAGAAACUAGAAAACAGCCAGAAAACAGCUGAUCAAAUGGCAAUGGCAAGUCUGCACAUAUCAAUAACCACUUUCAAUGUAAACAGAUUAUCAAAACACACGGAGUCCCUGAAUGGAUAAAAAGCAACAUCCAACAUGACACGGCCUACAACAGACUCACUUCAGCUUGAGGACACGGGUCUGGCGGAAUGGAAGGGAGGUGCAGUGGAGUGAAAACACACCCUAUAAACCGUGUGUGAGUUUAAGGUGUACAGGUGUGUACUGGUAGAUAGCGCAAGGUGAUUACUGCCAUGUCCUUAAUGCCUCCCUCGCAUUAUAUAAUUACCAUUUUUUUGUGUGUGGGGAGAACGUCGAAGAUCUAUUCUCUAAGCAACGUUCUAGGAUUUAGUGCAGUAGUAGUAACUGUAGUCACGACACGGUGCAUUACAUGUCCAGAACGUACCCAUCUUAUAACCGGAAGUUGGUAGUCUUUGACCACCAUCUCCCCACCCCUCUCUCCCACCCCGGCCUCUGCUCAUCACCACUCUACUUUUCUUUGUUUCUGCUCCUACGAGCUUGACUUUUGUAGAUUCCAUACGUAAUUAAAUCGUGCAGUAUUUGUCUUUCUCUGAUUUAUUUCAUUUAGUGUAAUGCCCUCAAGGUCCAGCUUUGCUGUUGCAAAUGGCAGGACUUCCUUCUUUCUCAUGACUGAAUAAUACACGUGUACAUACCACAUGUUCUUUAUCCAUUCACCCAUCGUUGGCCAUUGAUGGGUAUGGUUGUUUCCAUAUCUCGGCUGUUGUGAACAAUACUGCACUGAAGCUGGGAGUGGAGACGGCUCUUGAAGAUCCUGUUUCCUUUCUUUUGGAUACAUACUCAGAAGGAGACUGAUGGAACAUUCAGCAGUUCUACUGUUAAUUUUUUACGGAAUUCCAUACCGUUUUUCCAUCGUGGUGCCCGCAGUUUAUAUUCUCACCAACAGUGUAAGGGAUGUUCUUUCCCCCACAUUUGUUAAGAUACCCUACAUUCUCUUAGCUUCCUUUUGACUUUCCAGACUUCUUGUUGGAUGAAGAUUUAUGUUUUCCAAACAAACAAAGAUAAAAAAGAGAGAAACAAACAACUAAAAAUCCCAAGACUCUUAAAUAUAGAGAGAUUGGUGGUUGCCACAGGGCACACCCGUGAAGGGAAUGAAGAGCUCACUUGCUGUGAUGAACACAGAGUGAUGGAUGGAAUUGUUGAGCACUUGUACUGUAUGCCUGACGCGAAUACAACACUGUGUUAAUUAUACUUCAAUUUUUAAAAAUUAAUUUAAAUUAAAAAAAUAAAUAGCUGAAAAAAGAUUUGUUUUUUACAAUCACACUAACGAGUUUGAAAGUUAUACAUCGUGUUUCUAAUUUUAAGUAGCUACCUGCAUGGUUAUUCUAGGAAUUGUCAUUUAUAAUUUUGAACAAUUUUUGAGAGAGACGGAGUGCAGGGUUGUGGUGCAGGGGGAGAGGGAGAGAGAGAAUCUCAAGUCGACUCCUCACUGAGUACGGAGCCCAUAGCAGGGCUGGAUCCCAGGGCCCUGAGAUCAUGACCUGAGCUGAAAUCCUGAGUCAGUGGCUUAACUGACUGAGCCACCCAGAUGCCCCAAUUCUGAAUUUUUAAUUUUAAUUUUUAAUUUUUAAAUCCACCCUCCCCUCUAGUAAGAAGAGGACACAAUUACACAUUAGCUGAGCUCUUACUACUUACUUUUUUCUUUUUUUUCAAAAGCUCUAUCUGUCUGUCUCUGUCACCCACAUGUUUCAAAUAUUUCGAUUCAGCUAAUAGUUUGAUUCAGCUUCCUUAAGCAUUUAUGCAUAUGUGUAAGUAGGACAAAAAUGUAACUUUCCAAAGCAAACUUUUUUGCCGUUUCUUCUCACUAUCUAAUACUCUUUCUUCAUUAGGGAUUAUCUGCUUUUCUAACUGAAUUUCACCAUGCAGGGAAAUUUCACCUCACCUUUCAUUGAGGUGAGGGCAAUAAAAUAGCUAAGAAUUUGCAGCUCUAGAAAUAGCUCGUUUUCAUUCUUUUUUUCAAAACCAUAUCUCAGGAGUGUCUUAUAUUCUGUUCUAAACACCAGAACAAACUAGCCUAACAAUAUAUUUUUUCAAUGAGCCUGGGUGUUCUAUGCAACUGAUAAAUGACUGAGCUCUACAACUGAAAUGAAUGAUGUACUCUAUGUUGGUAAAUUGAAUUUCAAUUUUAAAAAUGAUGUUCUAUUAGUAAAAAGAAGUUUUCAAGAUGGACAUUACACUUGUAAACUUUUUAAAUUACAUGAAGUUUGGAAAAGACUGGAUAAUACAGAAGAGUUUGGAAGUUGUUGCUAAAAUUUCGUCUGGCAGAUAUUGUUGUCUCUCUUUAUCUAGAUAUUUCUUCACAUUUUCUCAUUCCAAGGAAAGGACAAGACCCAACUGCUUGGAAGGAAAACCCAUCUGGUGGUUGAAGAUCUAACCCACAGCCCCUCCCUGUCUGUCCUGAAGGCACAAUCUGACACGGUACUUGAACGAGGGGACCGGAGCCCCACAGGGCAGACAUGGUGCCUGGUCCCCCAGAGCAUAUAGAAAUCUGUCUCUGCUGGUGUUUUCACGUUUGCCCUCACUACUUACCUGGAUCAGUGUACAGUUCUCUCCCAACAAUGAAUUCCCUUGGGGACAUUUUCCAGUAUCUUCUGACACCUGUUUUUGCCUCUAGGUGAGCAUGUCAUUUUAUGGAUGAUAUUUGCAUUUCCCCAGGAAGUAUUUCCGGGACGUUUUUGUGGACCCAGGCCAGCCCUCACUGCGCACUGUUCCAUCGAGGUGAAAUUCACAAAGAAUAACAUUCACCAUGUUUAAAUGAAGGACCAGCCUCUGCAUGGCCCUACCUUGUUUGUCUUCCUGUCCUGUGGGCAACGAGGUCCCUCCCUCUGCACAAUCAGGGCCAGAGGAACCAGACGCCAUGACCCCCACCCUCACAGCCCUGCUCUAUCUUGGGCUGAGUGUGGGCCCCAGGACCCGAGUGCACGCGGGAACCCUCCCCAAACCCUCCAUCAGGGCUGAGCCAGGCACUUCAAUCCCAUGGUGGACCCCUAUGACCAUCUGGUGUCAGGGGAGCCUGGAGGCCCAGGAGUACCGCCUGCUUAAAGAGGGACACCCAGGGCCCUGGGACACACAGAAGCUACUGGAGCCUGGGGACAAGGUCAACUUCUCCAUCAUACACAUGACAGACGAUUAUGCAGGACGAUAUCGCUGUGACUAUCUCAGUCCCACUAACUGGUCGGAGCCCAGUGACCCCCUGGAGCUGGUGAUGACAGGAUUCCAUGGCAAACCCCAGCUCUCAGCCCUGCCCAGCCCUGUCGUGGCCUCAGGCGGGUACGUAACCCUCCAGUGUGCCUCAUGGAUGACAUUCUACAGGUUUGUCCUGAUGAAGGAAGGAGAACGCCAGCCCUCCUCGACACUGGACUCCCAGGAAGCCCCCAGUGGGCAGUUCCAGGCUCUGUUCCUUGUGGGCCCCGUGACCCCCAGCCUCAGGUGGACGUUCAGAUGCUACGGUUAUUACAGCCACAGCCCCUAUGUGUGGUCCUACCCCAGUCACCCCCUGGAGCUCCUGGUCUCAGGUGUGUCGGGGAAGCCCUCCCUCCUGGCCCCGCAGGGCCCUGUCGUGACCUCUGGACAGAACCUGACCCUCCAGUGUCGCUCUGAUGUCGGCUACGACAGAUUUGCUCUGUCCAAGGAGGGGGCUCAUGACCCUCCCCGGCGCCUUGGCCGGCAGCCCCAGGCUGAGCUCUCUGGGGCAGACUUCGCCCUGGGCCCUGUGAGACCCUCCAUCGGGGGCUGGUACACGUGCUAUGGUCGACACAGCCUCUCCUCUGAGUGGUCGGCCCCCAGUGACCCCCUGGACAUCCUGGUCGCAGGACAGCUCCCCUACACACCCUCCCUCUCCGUGCAGCCGGGACCCACGGUGACCUCAGGAGAGAAUGUGACCCUGCGGUGUCAGUCACAGAGUGCUGUGGACACGUUCCUUCUGUCCAAGGAGGGGGCAGCCGGUCCCCCCCUGCGUCUUAGAUCAAAGUCCCAAACCGGGCAGCACCAGGCUGAGUUCUCCGUGAGUCCUGUGACCUCAGCCCAUGGGGGGACCUACAGGUGCUUCGGCUCCUCCAGCACCACCCCCCACCUGCUGUCACAGCCCAGUGACCCCCUGGAGCUGCGGGUCUCAGGGACAGCUGACACCGUGAGCCCACCCCAGAACGAGUCGGCCCCCGGCAGUGCCUCUGAUCCCAGAGAUUACACGGUGGAGAAUGUCAUCCGCAUGGGCGUGGCUGCCUUCAUCCUGGUGGUCCUCGGGAUUCUGCUGCUGGAGGCUCGGCACAGCCAGACAAGGACCCCAGAGGCAGCCAGCAGCUAAACCCAAGGGGGAGCGAACACGCCGUUCCCUGUGGCAGAGCUCUGGACAUGGAUCUCAUGUGCCCAGGGGGAUCUGGAAGAACGCCUGCGGCUCAUGCUAGCUGAUCUGUCUGCCGAGAACACCGAGGGGGAAACAGGAGCCAGGAUAUGUCUGGGCUUCUCCCUGUCCGGGACUCGUCCCCCGUGAGCUAUGAUGCUUUCCCUCCCGCCAUUGUUGGAUAUCCCUGACUGACCCCUGUCUUUCCUCUUCCCUGUGACAAGAGGGUUCAUCCCACAUAGCAGGGUUGGGUUCCUACCUUCCUACGGCAGCAGCUCUGGUCCACUUUCAUGGGAUAUAUUUUCCUUUACUUUCCAUUUCUUCCUUCCUUGAUGUGCCCUAUUGACUUCCAUCCUUUCAGCCCAAAACACAAAAUCUGUUUUCACAAGUAAAUAAAUGGGUGAAAAUCA